CCCAUCAGACGCCGCGGGGCGGAAGCGGAAGGGGAAUACGUCCUCCAAUGAGCGAGCUCUCCCACCACCCCACCCCGCCCCGGCAGAACCUUAAAGGGGCCGCGUUGCGCUGUUGGGCAGCUCCAAUCAGUGAUGGCGAGGCCCGGACAUGCCAGGAACCGUCCGUCAUUGGAGGAAGAUGAGGAUGAGGAGGCCGAGGACCCAGUGGAUGCCAUGAUCUCACGGACAGGCUGCAUGGCGCAGCACCGGGAGCUGCAGGAGUGCAUGGCAGCACGGCAGGACUGGCGGCACUGCCAAGCCCAGGUCCGGGCUUUUGGCGAGUGCAUGGCACAGCGGCAACGUAGUAAGGAGCCGCACCGGGCGUCUGGAUCACACCAAGCCCACCCCUCCCCUGCUGGGGACUGAAAUCACCAGGGACCAGCACUGCCAGCACCCACAAAUGGGGCAACUCUGCUGUUUGACCCUCUUUUUGUGUAUUUUUUUAUUCAAGUGGGUGAAUGUGCCAUUAAAUCCAUGCUUAUGUUGUUGGGAAAUUAAAUUCAGCGGCGUUUGUUGUCCUGGCCAAA